AAGUAGCUAUUUCCUUUUCCUAUAAUACUUGUGUGGUGAGCAAGAAAAAUUGAACUCCUAGGUUGUUACCAUAAAUUUUGAUAGGACAAUUCCUUCCACUAUAAACUACAUUCACCCCUACAAGUAACAAUCAAAAAACUAAACCACCCUUUCUUCCACUCUUUCUCCACAUACAACCCAACUUGAAUUAGCAAUUUUUUCUGAUCUUAUUGUUAUAAUUAUUGUUCCUUUACAGAUAGAUAAGGCCAUAAAUAGGUAUUAGAUAUAGACAUUUUAUUAGAGAAAAAAACAAGCUCAUUUCUUCUCACCUUCCUAGCCCUUUCCUUCUUUAUCAAACCAUAGCUUAUAAGCAUAUUAAUCAAAGUGCUAAAAUUUAUCACAUUUUUUCAUCUAAUUGAAUAGAAGAAAAUCCUAUUUUUGAUCCUAUUAUUGUCUUAUUACAUAGUGUCAUUAGAAGAGUCAAUUUAAGACAUGGGUUUAAGCUCUAAACAAGUUUCUAGUAGAAGUGUUGAUUGGAACCAAACCUUGUUGCAAGAUCAAAACUUGGAGCUACCAAAGACUCAUCCUAUGAAGAAAAAUCAACAAAUCCAACAAUCAGAAGUUGUGAAUUGUCCAAGAUGUGAUUCUACUAAUACCAAAUUUUGUUACUACAACAAUUACAACAAGUCUCAACCUCGUCAUUUCUGUAGAGCUUGUAAGAGGCAUUGGACUAAAGGUGGAACUCUCAGAAAUGUUCCGGUUGGGGGUGUAAGAAAGAAUAAGAGGAUGAAAAAAUCAACUUCUCCAAUUUCUAUUAGCACCUCCACAAAAACUACUAUUAGCACCACCACAACUUCUAUUACCACCCCCACCACCUCAAAUAUGAAAAAUCAAACUUCAGAGCAAAAACAGAAUCAGAAAAACAUAUCUUCAUCUAUAUAUGAUCACUCUGUUAUUCAUCCACCAUCUUUUUUGCUACCUCAGAAUCUGAUGAGUAUUAAAGAUCAAUCAGAAGGUAAUAAUAAUGAAGAGUUUGGUAUUGGUAAUGGUAUGUUUCUGAGUUCAUCUAUGUCUUUUACUCAAAACCAAAGUCUUAUAUUUCCAUUUUCAAACUCAAGCUCUUUGAGGUCAUCUAAUGGAUAUAACUAUGGUGAAGAGUUUAAAAUAAUGGAGGAGUCAACUGUUAACAACAGUGUAAUGCCAUUGCCAAGUACUAGUGGUAGUGGUACUAUUACACAGCCAUGGGAGGAGAUACCAGCAACAAGCACUGGCAUGGAUAUGUCAAACUAUUGGAGUUGGGAGGAUAUUGAUUCUUUGGUAUCAACUGAUCUUAAUGUUCCUUGGGAUGAUUCUGAUAUCAAACCCUGACAUCUGUGUUUUAAAAAUCGGAGCAGACAGUUCAUCCUGGUUCGAGCGAUUUAAUGUAGAUGAAUGAACUAUGAUUUGAAAGUAUCAUAUAUUUGAUGUCUGCUCGGUUUUUAAAAUAUCGGCAAAUAGUAAAAAAUAUGGAUUUGUUAACUUAACAUAUGGUAAUUUAGUUUUCAAUGUCCAUAGAUUAGUUAUUUAAUUGGGGUGUUUUUGUGUUUGAUAUAGAUUGGUAAGUGUUCUUGUUUUCAGAUGGAACAUAUUAUGCACUGAUGUAUAUGAGUAUCUAUCUGCACUUGUACUUCUUACAAAGAAUAGUAUUUGGAGCUGACUUAUUUUAGUUUCAGCUUCAAAUUCAAGCAAAGCAAGAGGGUCUAAUUAAUUAAUGUAAUCCAAUGUAUUUAACUGUUCA